GUGAAACAUUGACCACCUUAAUAGCUACACAAGAAAAUCCUUAUUUUUAUUAUCAUUGUCAUCAUCACCAUCAUCACCACCAUUAUCUCUGAUGCCACCACAACCAUCAGAAUAUGUACAGAUACGGCAUAUCAACCCAGAGAAGAGCUUGGUCACCAUGUAUGACAGUUCUUAUUUUUCUUGGAGUGACGGCAAUCUUGGGAGUAACUAUUGGUCUCCUAAUUCAUUUUCUGGCAGUUGGGAAGAUUUACCAUUACCAAGGUUAUUUUAAUAUAUCUGGAGUCACAUACAAUUAUAGUUGUAAAAAUGCAGCUUCAGAAGUUAGCACAAAUCUGAGCAAAGAUAUUGAGACUAAGAUGUCUGAUGAAUUUCAAAAUUCUAGCCUAUACAGAGAAUAUAUCAACUCUCAGGUAAUCAGACUUCUCCCUCAUUCCAAUGGUUCAAGUGUGCAGUUGCUGCUGAUAUUCAAGUUUCCUCCAGGAAAGAGGGAGAUCAUGAAGACUGAAAUCAAAGCUCUCUUACUUCAGAUGUUGAAAGACAACACAGUAUCCUGGAAUGCAGUUCCAGCUUCCAUUAAACUUAUGGAAAUCAGCAAGACUAAUGCUGAAAUGCUUACCAACAACUGUUGUGGGAGACAACUGGUCAAUAGUGUUGCAUCAGGCAACCGAAUUGUGAACGGGAAAAAUGCCCAUGUGGGGGCAUGGCCUUGGCAGGCCAGUAUGCAGUGGAAGGGCCAACACCAUUGUGGAGCAUCUCUGAUCAGCAGCAGGUGGCUAUUAUCUGCAGCUCACUGCUUUGUUAAGAGAAAUAAUUCAGGAGAUUGGACCAUCAACUUUGGAACUCUAGUAAAUGAACCAUAUAUGACACGAAAAGUCCAAAAUAUUAUUUCUCAUGAAAAUUUUAGCAUGGCUGGGAUUCGUGAUGAUAUUGCCCUUGUUCAGCUUGCUGAAGAAAUCUCUUUCUCAAAGUACGUUCGUAGUAUUUGUCUUCCUGAAGCCACACUGAAGCUCUCAGAAAAUGACAGUGUUGUUGUCACAGGAUGGGGAACACUGAGUAUGAAUGGUCCCCUUCCAAAUACACUUCAAGAGGCCUUUGUGAAUAUUGUCGACAACAAAGUUUGCAAUGCUCCAUAUGCAUUAUCUAACUUGGUGACAGAUAGAAUGCUAUGUGCUGGAUAUAUGUCAGGAAAAGCUGAUGCCUGUCAGAAAGACUCUGGUGGACCACUAGCUUACCCUGACUCUAUAAAGAUCUGGUACCUUGUUGGAAUAGUAAGCUGGGGUGAUGGAUGUGCCAAAAAGAAUAAGCCAGGUGUCUACACUCGAGUGACUGCUUAUCGUGAUUGGAUUACCUCCAAGACUGGACUCUGAAGGGGAAGUAACUUUGGGGUUGAACACAAGGACAACUGCAGGGAUUUGUUCAGGGAUUACAACUGGAUUGGAAAAGCUCUAUCUCUUUCUCUGGAAAUUCCCAGAUGCUUUGACUCUUCAGCAACAUUAGGAUUUAUGUGAGUUUUAAAUUAUGAAACUUCUAUGGCAACCCCUGGGCCAGUUUGCUUACUUUUCCAAGAUUUUGCUGAAUAUUUCUGCCUUGAGAUCUUUUGGAGUUAACAGAUUUUGGUAGUUCAAUCUGGAGGCAAGAUGUACAUGUGUCUGAAUGAGGACUGUGGGGAACUCACACCUGUAUAUGUCUGGGUCUCCCAGUGCUUACCUGGACUCUCUUGUGAUGUGCUGUAUUCUUUGCUUUUAAAUAAAAGCUUUAUGUAAGCAUAUCUUAUGGGAUCUUAUCAGUCCUUUCAAAUAUCUAGACUUAUGAAAUCUUUUCAAAUUUAAUAUUUAAAAUACAAGAGUGGUGUGCUGAAGCUGGCUUGCACCUUUGUACGAGCUGAAUGUUGAAACUUCAGAGAUUGUGUUAACCAGUUGUGAAACACACCAGAGUUGAAAAUUAAGGAUACUAAAUACCUGAAGCUCAUCAUGUUCAAAUUAUUUUACUAUACAUUACUAGUUUUUAUGGUCUUGAGGUUAUUUCCAUCUAUUGUAUUUAUACAGUAAAGAUAAAUAUAAUAGAGUGCUCCUGGUCACAUCUUCCCAAAUAUAUGCUUGGCAAUAUCAUGCGGGUAGCUCAAAAUUGGUCAUGGUAUAUUUACACCGUGGAAAUUGGCCCAUGUUAAGAAUUAAUUCCUACCCUCUAGCCCUGAAACCAACUUAUAAAAUACGAGCACAGCACUGAAUGUAAAUAUUCCUAACUUAUGGUUUUAAAAGAAAUCUUCACCAAAUGAUGCACUGGUUCACAAUUUAUAUUUCAUGACAUUGCAAACUAGCUUUUUGGUCACUGUACUGGAUGUUUUUGUUAAAUUCCUGAAGUACUGUCUGGUAGUGGCUGAGGUUAAGAAGGUUUGUUACUGGUUUUUAGUUUUCAUAAUUUCAAUGCAAGCAGAAGUUUCAGAAGUUAUUUUUGAAACAUUUCACAGUGAUGAGUUAAGGACAUACCAGAUUUGCAGUUUACAGUGAUUAAAGAAUUCCAGAAAAGAU